CGUAUUAAACCUCACACAGAAAAUGUGUCACAGGCUGAGACUGGUCUCAUUGUCUACCCUGAAGCUCACUGUCAUAGUAAAGAUCAGAGAGAAUGCUUGUUAGAUUUUCUUUAUUGUGUUUUAAUUUCAGAUCCGCUAGAGAAACCCAUCAUUUCCCUGACGCCAGAUUACCGGGUGUUUGUGAGAGGGGAAAGUGCUCAGAUCUCUUGUUCUGGGAAUUAUCCUGGCAGCAAAUUCUCUUUGUACAGAAGUGACAAGCUUAUCACAUCACAACCAGUUCCAGAGAAAAAGAAAACGGCAACAUUUACCCUAUCAGAGAUCAGUGCAGGAAGUUAUUGGUGUAAUUAUAGGACACACAUGGGCGGAAGAGAGUUCAUAUCCCCAGACAGCGAGCAAGUGAGCAUCUCUCUAUGGGAUCCGCUCCAGAAACCGAAAGUUUCCCUGAAUCCAGAUUUUCAGGAGUUUGUUAGAGGGGACAGCGUUGAGAUCUCUUGUUCUGGGAAUUAUCCUGGCAGCAGUUUCUCUUUACACAGAGACGGCGAGCUUCUCGCAUCACAACCGGUUCCAGCGAAUAACAAAACAGCAACGUUCACCUCAUCGGAGAUCAGUGCAGGAAAUUACACCUGUAAAUAUACUAAAGUACUAGACGGCCGAGAGUUCACAUCACCAGAGAGCGAAGCAGCGGGAAUCUCUGUGAUAGAUCCCCUCCAGAAACCCAACAUUUCCCUUAAGCCGGAUACCCAGGGGUUUGCCAGAGGGGAACGCGCUGAGAUUUCGUGCUCUGGGAAUUAUCCUGGUAGCAAUUUCUCUUUAUACAGAAAUGGCGAGUUUAUCAUAUCACAACCAGCAACAGAGAAUAAAUACACAGCCACUUUUACCCCAUCGGAGAUCACGGCAGGAAAUUACACGUGCAUAUAUGCCACAUAUACUGACAGACGACAGUUCACAUCACCAGAGAGCGAGAGAUUGGAAGUACCUCUGCGGGUAAACUUGACCUGGCUGCACACUGAAGGACUGGUUGCGGGGGUUGUCACGGCGAUAGUGAUAACUGUUUUUAUACUGGGAUUCUGUGCUAAUAAGAGACGUAAACAGAAAAGUCCAAGAGAGGAAAGGAAUGCAACCACGGACCCACAAAACGACGUCACAUACGCGACGCUGGGAUUAGGUCCACGCUCGGUCCCUCCAGCGGACGCUGAGAUCAUCUACGCCAAUCUGGCAUUAGGAAACAGGAAUGAGAUCGGCCGCGAAGCCCGGGAGAACGAUGGUCCUGUCUACGCCACAGUCAGGGUUUAAUGCAAAGGCCAGUGGCCAUGAGUUGUUUUUCUCCUCGCCCUAUCAACUCAUCAUCACUUAUAUUGAUAUCCAGCUUCAGUUUCACUUCAAUGGGGCUCUCAUUUCUCCUGUCUCCAUGACGCAGAUAGAGACUGAGUUAGAGACUGAGAUAGAAUGAGUGAGGCAGAGACUGAGUAAGGGAGAGACACUGAGUCCGAGACUGUAUGAGAGAAAGGUAAAGGGAGACGGAGUGAGGGAUAAAGAUACUGAAUGUGAGGGACGGUUUGAGAGAUUCAGAGAAGGACUGAGACAGGGAGAGAACUUCAGUGAGACAAAGUGAAAGAGAGUGAUCGAAUGAGACUGAGUGAUUGAAUGAGACUGAGGGAGAUACUGAGUGAGUGACUGAAAAAGAGAGACCGAGAGAGAGAGAGAGACUCAGUGAGAGUCAGAGGCUGAUGCAGAUAUUGUGUGAGAGGGCAGAUGGAGAGUGCGUGUGGGAAAUAGCGGGAGUGACAGGAUGUAAUAGAGAGAGAGGGGAAUACAGUGAUUGUGAGAGGAGUAGACUGAUAGUUUUGAUUGAGAAACAAAAGGGGCAGGGAGUGUGGGUUUUGUGAGAGAAGGAGAGAGUGAUUGAGAGAGCGCGUCUCACAGAGAAAGAAACAGUUGUGCCACAGAAGGAAAGAGACGGGGGAAGAAGUGGGAGAUUGAGAUCGGGAAGAGUGAGAGUGUGACUGAGAGAUAGAUUGUGGUGGAGAGGUGGCUGGGGGAGAACGAGGAGGUAACAUGGAGGAAAAGAGUGUGAAAGCGGCGAGAGAGUGUGUGAGUGGCGAUGGGGUGGUAAAGAUAGUGAAUGAGAGAAAGUAACCGAGAGACGCCGAAAGAUGAGAAAAUAGUACGAAAGGACAGAGAGAGGGAGAAAGACGGGGAAUGUGUAUGAAAGUAGAGAGUGAUCGUGCAUAGCUGCAGCUUUAAUAGAUGUUGAUGUAAGGGCCUGUGUUAUUUAAUCAGAAUGAAUUGAUGGGAAGUAAAGCAAAAGCGAUUCCUAUAUCAAAGGCACAAUAUUGAUGCGAUUAACCAAUUGCAGUGAACUUCACUAACCCGUAGUAAGUUUUAAUUUGAUUUGAUGAAAUGUACCAUUUUGAUGAUGCAUAAGCUUGCUAAUCCUUUAUUAAAUUUUACAACUUCAAAGGAAA